AUGCCUCACUCUCCCGCUUCUACUAGCAACGCCAACGGGCAUAACAACGGUUUCAACGGAAAUGGCAGGCACGGCAACGGACAAACGGCCCAACAGACUACCUCAUCCUCCUACCCCCUGAACCCCGGCGUCUACGUCCCAACUGUAGCCUUUUUCACACCAGAGGACGCUAUUGAUGUUGAGACCACAGCGUCCCACGCCGUUCGCCUGGCCAAGGCCGGGGUUACGGGACUGGUGACGCACGGAUCCAAUGGUGAAGCUGUUCAUCUAGACCACACCGAGCGGAUGCUCGUCACACAAACCACUCGCGGUGCUCUGACAGCCGCAGGCUAUAAGGAUAUGCCACUCAUCGUCGGAUGCGGGGCCCAGAGCACGCGAGAGACAAUACAACUUUGCGAGGAGGCUGCACGGUCUGGCGGUUCGCAUGUCUUAGUCCUCCCUCCGGCCUACUACGGCUCCCUUCUCUCGACUGAGAACAUUAUCUCGCACUUCCGGGCCGUUGCCGAUGCGUCACCAUUGCCGGUUCUCAUUUACAACUUCCCCGGAGCAUGUGCAGGGUUGGACUUGACCUCAGACACCAUUCUAGCCUUGUCCCAGUACCCCAAUAUCGCUGGAGUUAAGCUGACGUGCGGUAACACGGGGAAGCUGGCUCGCGUUGUGGCAGGCACGUCCGGUACAAACUUCCGUACCUUUGGUGGAAGUGCCGACUUCCUGCUCCAGACACUGGCCGUUGGUGGGCAGGGCAUGAUUGCCGGUCUUGCUAACAUUGCGCCACUGACUUGCCUUGAGCUGAUGCGGCUAUGGGAGAGCGGGAAGAAAGCCCAGGCGGUAGAGCUGCAAGCUAUUGUCGCACGUGGAGACUGGACUGCAAUCCAAGGAGGUUUCAUAUCUGUUAAGGUGGCGCUCCGCAAAUACUAUGGCUAUGGUGGCGAGCCUAGGCGGCCGUGUGUGAUGCCGUCUAAAGAGAGGCUGGUGGCGCAGCAGGAGGGUUUUGCUGAGCUAGUCACUGCAGAAAGGGCAUUUGAGAAGCAAGCCUAA